GGCAGCGCAGUAGCCACCUCUUUAAACGCAAGGGUCCUUCUAAGAGAGGAAGUGCUCGCACUGCGCAUGCUCCUUCCUUUCCAGCGUUCGAGCCUCUUGCCGCCGCCACGAUGUUGAUGCCUAAAAAAAACCGCAUUGCCAUCUACGAACUCCUUUUUAAGGAGGGAGUGAUGGUAGCUAAGAAAGAUGUUCAUAUGCCUAAACACCCAGAACUGGCAGACAAAAAUGUGCCCAACCUCCACGUCAUGAAAGCAAUGCAGUCUCUGAAAUCUCGUGGUUAUGUGAAGGAGCAGUUUGCAUGGAGGCAUUUCUACUGGUAUUUGACCAAUGAGGGCAUCCAGUACUUGAGGGACUAUCUCCAUCUGCCGCCUGAAAUUGUGCCUGCCACCUUGCGUCGCAGUCGUCCUGAAACUGGACGACCCCGGCCAAAAGGUUUGGAGGGUGAGCGUCCUGCUCGCCUUACACGGGGAGAGGCUGACAGGGACACCUACAGACGCAGUGCUGCUCCUCCUGGUGCUGACAAGAAAGCAGAGGCUGGAGCUGGGUCAGCUACUGAAUUUCAGUUUAGAGGUGGCUUUGGGCGUGGACGUGGUCAACCACCUCAGUAGAAAUCUGUUGCUGUUUGGUUGCAUCUUGUGUAUAAUAAAUAGGUGAAAAAUGCA